AUGCUCAGUGCACAGCCUGCCCUGGUGCUCCUGCUGCUCUUCACCCUCUCCCCACACUGCACAGAAGCUACUCGCACACCUGUAGAAUGCUGCUUUAAUUACACACAACGUGUUCUCCGACUUGCUAACCUGAAGAAUUUCUAUGAGACCCCCAAGGAAUGUUUCUAUCCAGCAAUUGUGUUUGAGACAAAGAAUGGGAACCAGAUCUGUGCGGACCCAAAGCAGUCCUGGGUGGCAAAAAGAGUUGCGCAACUUCAAAAGAAGAUCCAUCAUGCACCAUCAUCUAUGCCAGAAAACCUACUUCAGGCUACCCCUCCUUCUGGUGGAAAGAUCUAG